ACUUAAAGUAGGCAUGCGUCGCUGGCGAAAUCUGUUGCACCAAACGAGAUAAGUCAAGGCUCCUUACACGCACACUCAUCUCUUUGCGCGACAUGCUUCCUUCAGCUUUUUUCUCCCUCUUGGGGCUCCACAUCUCGUGGGCCUCUGCUGCUCCAGCUGGAUCGGCCUCCAUACGAUCUGUAUCUUACUUAUCCACGAUAAGCAGCCAAUGCAUCAAUACCGAAUUUCGACAAAACUGGUUUAUCGGCGAGUGUUUGACGGGCGAGGACGCGACAACGAGGGUAAAGAGCGCAGUAUAUAUGGCAAACAAAGUAGAGAAUGAUGAUGGGGAGUUGAAGUGGAAGAAUGACGGGCGAUUCGACCGAUCGUGCAAUUCAUGCAAUUUGAUAAACGGAGGUGCCACAUUGAAUUGCAAUUGUAGAACAACGUACCAGUCUAAGAAGAAUGUUUCUUCCUGGGUAGGGACGCUGAAUCUUGACGAGCACAUCUCUCUCUACUCGGGCCACCUCCUCUCCAACCUCGCCGGUGCCCCCACUGCUCCAACUACCAACCCUUUAUCUCCGAACCCCAACCCCUACCCAAUCCCCUCUUCCUUCACCUACUCUUUCGGUGGCACAGCCCACUGUCCCGACACCCCGGGAGAGGCUCCCGGCUCCGACUACUGUGCCUGGAUCGGCACCUGUAGCAACUCCUCGUCCUCGGUCUGGACCUUCGACGGCCCUAUCAAUUGCUACGUCCCCGUUAUUUAUUUCCCACAGUAUCAUUACCAGUUCGAGAGUUUUAAGCUUUUGGCAGAUGGUGCAUGGGAAGUGCUGGGGUGGGGAGAUGAGGCGUGCACAGGGGAGCCAGUGGAGAGGGUCAGUCCAGAUGAGAGAGGGGUUUGUAAGGGGUUUGGGACGAAGGUGAGGGCAAUUAGUGUUCGGCCGGCUUUUAGUGGGGAUCCGCGGUAGGGUUGGGGAGGAGCGAUUGAGAAGUCGGGAUUACUAAGCCUAAUAGCCAAUUUUGGGGAAUGAGGGCCUGGGUCUGGGUAGUGGAAUAUACUGGCAUUUGCUCGUAGGUUGCGUAGAAGUUUCCUGUUACCACUGCCUUGAUAUUCACGUUCCGUUAGUGGACGCGAAGCCACAGGCUAUUCGGCGCAAUGAACAAGACAUUUUGUUGUCUUUUGGAGCACCA